GGAGCGGGGCUGUUGAUAUCAAUAUGGCGGUUGUCAGCCAGACAAAGACAGUCAGUCUGAUGUGAUUGAGACAAGGGAGGUUUUCAGGGGGAGACUGGGAGAUAGGGGCCUCCCCUCCCCCUUCUCCUCUUCCUGCGCCGGCCUCAACCCCUCCCCAGUCCCCUCCCGACGGGCGCCCCACGCGGAAGACACCCCUCCCCCUCCCGCUUUCCCCUCCUCCCUACCUCAGCCCUUCGUACUGGGACGUUGGGGAGGGGGCUGUGCCGGGCGGAGAGAACUCAGCAAGGAUUCUGAGAAUGAUAAAAAACACGGAUCAUCUCUAGAAAGGAUAUUGAGUCACCUCAUGUAAAGUAUGCUCAGUUCCUUUCCAGUGGUUUUGCUGGAAACCAUGUCUCACUAUACAGAUGAACCCAGAUUUACGAUAGAACAGAUAGAUCUGCUUCAGCGCCUUCGGCGUACUGGAAUGACUAAACAUGAAAUUCUCCAUGCCUUGGAAACCUUGGACCGUCUUGAUCAAGAGCAUAGUGACAAGUUUGGAAGAAGGUCCAGCUAUGGAGGAGGUUCAUAUGGGAAUAAUACCAACAAUGUUCCAGCAUCUUCCUCGACAGCUACAGCUUCUACACAGACCCAGCAUUCAGGAAUGUCGCCAUCACCUAGCAACAGUUACGAUACCUCCCCACAGCCUUGUACUACCAAUCAGAAUGGGAGAGAGAAUAACGAGCGAUUAUCUACAUCCAAUGGAAAGAUGUCACCAACUCGCUACCAUGCAAAUAGCAUGGGUCAGAGGUCAUACAGUUUUGAAGCCUCAGAAGAGGACCUAGAUGUAGAUGAUAAAGUAGAGGAAUUAAUGAGGAGGGACAGCAGUGUGAUAAAAGAGGAAAUCAAAGCCUUUCUUGCCAAUCGGAGGAUUUCCCAAGCAGUUGUUGCACAGGUAACAGGUAUCAGUCAGAGCCGGAUCUCUCACUGGCUGUUGCAGCAAGGAUCAGACCUGAGUGAACAGAAGAAAAGAGCAUUUUACCGAUGGUAUCAGCUUGAGAAGACAAACCCUGGGGCCACACUAAGUAUGAGACCAGCCCCCAUUCCAAUAGAGGACCCGGAAUGGAGACAAACACCUCCCCCAGUCUCAGCCACAUCUGGUACCUUCCGACUACGACGAGGGAGUCGAUUUACCUGGAGAAAGGAGUGCCUGGCCGUCAUGGAAAGUUACUUCAAUGAGAAUCAAUAUCCAGAUGAAGCAAAGAGAGAAGAAAUUGCAAAUGCUUGCAAUGCAGUUAUACAGAAGCCAGGCAAAAAACUGUCAGAUCUGGAACGAGUUACCUCCCUGAAAGUAUAUAAUUGGUUUGCUAACAGACGGAAGGAGAUCAAGAGGAGAGCCAAUAUCGAAGCAGCAAUCCUGGAGAGUCAUGGGAUAGAUGUACAGAGUCCAGGAGGCCAUUCCAACAGUGAUGACGUCGACGGAAAUGACUACUCAGAGCAGGAUACUUGGCAAGUACGCAAUGGGGAGGAGGAGGAGGGAAGAAGUUCAGAGGGAGGCAGAGAAGCAGAGAAGGAUGACAGCACUAGCCAUAGUGACCACCAGGACCCCAUCUCAUUAGCUGUGGAAAUGGCAGCAGUCAACCACACUAUCUUGGCAUUGGCCCGACAAGGAGCCAACGAAAUCAAGACAGAGGCUCUGGAUGACGACUGAUCAGAGAGGGUGAACACGAGAAGUUAACUUAGUUUAGACGUAGCACCUUAGCAGACUUUCCUCGGUCCUUAACAUGUGUUCUUACAGUAUAACUUGCAGUUUCUUGUAUGUCAGUUAGCCGUUAGGGUCUUGUUCUGUGAAGAUGGCAUGGUGCCCUCAGCCUUUGCAUAUACUCUCAGUAUUAAUUCCAGUAAAUAAUAACCAACCAACCAACCAAACUUCCCUCUCCCAGCCCCUGAGGCUAGAAAAAUCUUGCUGCUCUGUCUUAGCAUUCCAGGAAAGUGCUUCCAGGUAUUUAGAUAGCCCUCAGUUUUCAAAUAUUAGGCUACGUGUAAAACCUUGGGUAUCUUUAGAUUCCUGUAACACUAGUUUGUACCCCUUUUCCUUCCCCAAGACUGGUAGGAUGCAAGCUGAGGUAGUGUGGCCCAGGAUUGACAGACACCAUUUGGGGAGUAUCCGCAGAGUAAAAGGAACACUAGAAUCCCUCCUCAGCGUGGGAGUAAUUGAUUUCCAGCUGCAAUAAGCCGUGCCUCAUAAUAGUCACACUGUGGCUAGAUUAUACUUCUUUGGGUGCUGUGCUAAGAAUGUCAGUGGAAAAACUCGAUCUCAGAUUUUGGUUGAUGUUAACAUGCCUGACACAGACAUCCUUUCCUCUCACAAGCUGUGUGACUUAGAUAAAAUACUGCCUUCUCCUUUGGGACCAUGAUUAAAACAAACAAAAAUGACAAAAAAAAAAAAGUCAUUAAAAAAAACAAAACAAAACAGAAAACCCAGCUUGAGAGCAUUGGAAAAAAAAAACAAAAAACAAAAAAAAAACAUGAGCUGAAUGUCUAAUGGAUUUUAAGUCCAGUUCUCAGAACCACUAUACAGUAUGUGGCACAGCUACGUGCCUGCCUGGAAAGGUGCUGGAGGUCGUCACGGAAGCUGCUUUGCCUCCUGUCUGUGUCCCCUUUCCCUGCUACCAAAAAAAGCUCUUUCAAGGAUGGAGCUAAGGUCAUAAGUAAGUGAACGAACUUCCAGUCUUUGUAUCCAUUAACCGAAGCCCCCUCCACAUGAGAGGUUAUUAGAAGACUUUAUAGUGGGAUUAUGCUGACUGACUAUCACAAAUGCAAAUACUUACCUAAAUAGCAGCAGAAAAAAGCAGGGGACAUUUGCCACUUAUGUGGUGGGUCUGCGAGAUACAACAGGAUGUGACUGCUUUGGUGUUCUCUUUACUCUGUCCUUGGAGAGGUGUGAAAAGCUAUAUUGCUACAGGCAAUUUAUUUAAUAAUUGGAAGCCAUAUUGAUAAUGGAUGUGGUAAUAUUUGUAAAGUUUAAUCUACUUUAAGCAGCAGUAACUAAUGGAAUUUUUUUCCUUGAUCACAUAUGUAGCACUUUUGUUACUUUUUAAAGAUAUUUAUAUUUGAUAAAUCUUUUUUUCAUUUUGAGAAUUCAAAAUACCAAACAGUGAACGUGGGUUAUAAAGUCACCCUGUGAUCACCUUGUCAUCUAGUAGCAAAAUGAUGAACUAUUCAUGCAUCAAAGAAAAUUACAUCUGCUGGCCUUGGAUGAAAAUGAUCUCUUGGCAUCUCGAUUAAAGGACGUGCUGUCACUGUGGGUAAGAGGAAACAGCCUUCAGUGUGGCAGCGUAGGGUGCGUCUGAAAGAGGCACAACUGCUCUAUAUUUCCUGCCUCACUCCAUCUCUCCUUCCUAUGUACAGAGAAGCCUUGUUUAAAGGGGAAUAUGGGGCUGGCUAUUAAGCAGGGCUUUGUCUGUUUAUCCAUUACCUGAAAAUGAUUUCUGAGAUUGAAGGAGGGUGCCAUUUCCAUACCUCUUCACCCUUCUUCCCCCACCAGAUAUUUUCAACUUAAAACCAUUGUGAGAGAGAGAGAAUGACUGACCUUCUUUGUUUUUUUUCCUUCCUCAUUAGUGAGAUAUUGAAUAUCUGCCAGCUUCUCGCUGGUCUCACUCCUCCACGUAAGGCAUAUGCUGAUGAGCUCAUCUCCGCGUCUGUUAAUCCUGCUUACGUCAGUGUAAGGAAGCCUUUGAGAGGCAUGAAAAUGCCACCUUAUAUGGGUCUGUGACUUUAUAUAGAGUUAUAGGCAGGACCUGGGCCUGCUCCUGUCCAUGGAUUUCAGGGGGAAAAUGUAUAUAUUUUUUUCCAGCUUUCAAGAAUUGAAGUAAAAUGGAGCAGUCUUUUCUGUUUUACUAUAUUACUUGAACCAACAAAUUCAAGAGUAGCAUUCGUUAUUCUCAGGAAUGAUCCCCCCACUCAUUUUCUUGCUUGGUGCGUUUGACUUUUUAUUUCAAUUAGGAGAUUGUUAUCUUUCUUUCCUUUUAUAUUAUUUAGAGAAAAUAUACCAUAUCUUUCCAUUGUGGUGGAAUUUUGUCUGCUUAUUCUCAGUUGAAUCAUAAAGAAAAGGAGAGGGAAAAAUACACUGUCUGACAAGCCACAUCCAUGAUUUAUUGUAAGGAGAUUAUUAUAAUUGAUAGCUUCUUUAUGAUGGGAUGGCUAGUAUCAUUUGUUCUUGCUGGUCCUUGUAAAGAAACAGACUCUUAACUGUUAAGGCAGCUGCGGUUUCUAAAGAAAUACAGUGAUUGCCAGAGAAGAGCUAAAAGGUUUUCAUUGUUUCCAGACCUUUAAGGAAGGAAAGGAAGCUUCAGAGAAUAAGAGAGAGUGAGUGUCCAUAAGGGGAGUACCAGGUCCUACCUGGAAAUCUGGGAACGUGAAAGGGCAGGUCUGCCGGUGCAGGUAGCAUUGCCUUGGGUUCAGUAGGAACCGCAGGAAGGAGUCUGUGGUGGUUCUGUUAAGUUACAGAAGGCUGCCAGUUGUUCUGAGAUCCACUGCCUUACAUACAGCUUUUGCUUUUUCACCAAGAGUGUAGACAUUCGGUUCUUUGGGGCCCCCAAUUUAAAUUUCCAAGUGGUUUUUUUGUUCAUCACCAGGUUAAUCCCAUUGUCUUCUCCAGGCUACCUUAGUUCUUAUAAUGGCAUAUGGAGUUGCCACUGUCUAAUUUUAAUAUCUUUGGAAUAGUGAGUUUUUUUCUUAAGCUUUUUCAGUUUUGAGAAGUUGUAUUAAAAUAGAAACCCUAAACUGCUCUCUUACUGAAGGAAAAAUAGGUUUUUAAAAAAUCCUAUUCUGUGCUUUUUGGAUGUUCUGUCCUCUUCUCUCACUUCCUGCUGUACUUUUUUCAGGCCCCAGAGGAAUCUUUCAAGGGCUGCCCCUUCCCUGGUGAGGAAGAUUACACGGGUCAGGUGGGGGGACCAUGCCAGCAGUUCAGGUAACUGGUCUGUUAUUUUUUUUUAAGACACUUUCAUUGAAUUACUGUGGUCACAUGGGUAAGCUUCCUACCCUUCUUCAAACACAGCCUUAUAAAGGGACCUUUUAAAGCUGGACCAUCCUGCUGCCAUCUCUGCCCAUCUCAUGAGAACCUUAACAUGGGAUGAAGGCCAGGGAGGGCCAAACAGUACACUCUUGAGACCUUCUUCUAGGACCAGUCAGUAUCAAAUAGACAUUGUGGUUUAUUUCAUCAAAGCCUUAAGGCAGUUCUGAGGUGUUGAAAAGUGUGGUUACCUUCCAUGCACCUGUGGAGUCUGUACAGUUCUCACAGGUUGUCAUUUGGUGGGGUGGUCCCUCCCCCACAUCCUCAGAGUCCUUCACAGGAAGAAAGAGCCUGGAACAGGAAGACCCCUUUAAGCUCAGUCUAGGUGACCAUCUAAAAGGACGUGAGGGGCAGCUCCUCAGUCUGAAGGCUGUAAGCCAGCCCUGGUGGUCAGCAGCACCUCCAUCCAGAUGUCCAGAUACAUUUUACUUCCAAGGGGACAACUCAUGGAGAGCUGGUGACGCAGUUGUAUCAGUUCUCCCUAUUUGGCCUUUGUCUUUUCAAAUUUCCCUCUCGGAUUUCAGUCAUCAGGCACUAACUGUAAAUAAAUACACUUUCAUUCCAUCAGGCAUCUCUAGUCACAUCCUGUCUGUCUGUGAACAGCUCCUCUUCUCUUUUCCUCUGGGCUCCAAACCAAGGCCUCAUCUUGAGCCAACUUCUUGCUGGAAUUUUGUAUCUUUCACAGCAGGCAGAGCAUGUAGGUGUGGUCCAUCUCUUCACACAAACACUCCUUCCCGUCUUACAGCUCAGCUUUGACCAGCUGCACAUCCCACUGACCAGCUACAUUCUUUCUGCCCACAAGAGUGGAAGUAGUCCCUUUUUCCUAAGUGAUCUCCCACCCCCAUCCUAAAAAUGUGAACGUCAAGUCCUUCUCUCUCUUUGGUCUUAAGAAGGGUUUGGGUAGAAGCAGUCUUCCCAUUUAGCUCAUGGCUCUGCCUUUUAAAAUUGCUUUUGUGUCUUUUGUUGUUGUUCAGAGAACCACCAGAGUAUUUUCUCCCCAGUGAGUCUCAACAGAUUCUUAGGCAAUAAUUUUUCUUCUUAUUGAUGACCCUGUGCUCAGUAGCACCCUGCAUUGAAUAGUCCUCUACUUGUAUGUUGGUUUUCUGUGUUAAUCUCUCUCCGUGAUUUAAAUCUUAUGUCAGAGUGGUGAUAGUUUGUCAGUUUGUUGUGAUUAUUAGUAAUGUCUUACUACUGUAUUCCUUGGGCUGCAUUGAGAUCAGCCAAAUCCAUUUAUAGCUUUACUGAGCCGGAUUUGUCCGUCAAGAGUUCCCAAGUGAAAGUUGGGCACAUUGACCAGCUCCUGCAGAUGGUAUCUUUGUGGGACGGAGGGAUGGGGUGGGGGGAGAGCAGGGGGCAGGGGUAGGAAUUACAUACAACAUUCCUUUUUGUGUGCUCUCUAAAUAGCAAGGAUGUUUACUCAGGAUUUGGGGAUCAGUUGUUAGCCAUACUGAAUUUGGCAAACUGAGCUGCAUGCCCUGGAAACCCUCUUCUGUUUCUUAAGUUCCAUCCUGUCUGAUUUACAUGACCGAGUAAUGCCUAAGUUAUCCAGUUUAAAGGUGUGGCACCAUAAUGAGAACGGCAGAUGUCCCCUAGGAGGCAACCGUGAGUGAGCAGCAUCCCUGUGACGAGUUCCCUCAUGGGCCAGGUGCUGUCAAAGCAGAGGCCCUUUCUUUUUCUCUGCCGCCGUCUCCUUCAUUAGAUGUUCUUCUUUUCAAAAGAUGAUAAUCACAUAAGAGGAAAGACUUCCUUACUGCUCUCAAGAGAACUACCACAGAAAGGUGGUGGGAAAGGCUUUUUAAACAUCUCAAGCCAGGUCCGUCCUCCCAUCACAGAAACUCCUCUCAGUUCUACUUGGAAAGGCUGUUCUUAAUUCUCUUUACUUACAAGCCGAGAGUAAUGCGCUACUACUCUUGCCACCUGAGAGAGCUGAUGAUUGACCCACUAAUCACUGCAAGCUUAUGAGUUGAGAAGUUUCCAUAUCAGCUUCAUUAUUCUUCCUUAGCAGGGAUGAGAAAUAGCAGCAAAAGGAAAGCUAACAAUCUGAGAAAUCGGCUUUCCUGUAACAGCAGUUUUCUUCUCUAAUCAAGACGGGAAUAAAUAGAGAGGGGCAAGUUGGCGGCAAGGAUCUUCCCUCCCCUCCUUCAUGUCACCCGUGGACCUUGAGGACCCGGCGGGCGCCUUGGAUUACAGGUGUGUGUAUCCUGGACUUCGUCUUCUGGGCCCAAGCAGUGAGGAGAGCUAAAUCUAGCUGAUUCCAGUGAAAUCUGACAAGCAGUCUUACACCCCCAACAGUUCAUCACACACCAUUCACAUCCAUUAUCUCCUUAGCCAGCACCUGACAGAAGGGGAGAUCUGGGGGGGGGGCCUUUGUCUUUCUCUCCCGACAGCCCUUUUAUUUGGCAAGUUUUCUGGGCGAUCUGCCCCAGUCUGGGCAGCAGGGCCGUGCCCUCUGGUGGCCUGAGUGCAGGGGCAGCAGUGGGGUGUGUGCCGGUGUCCGGCUGCCGUGUGGCCUGAGUGCAGGCGCGUGUGCACAGCUCCCGCCGGCACUUCCUUCUGACACCUCAGGGUGCCGGCUUCCUUGACUCCAUUUUUAUUCUCUCUCUUUAAGUAAAAAUGGCUCUAUACAACCAUAAUUAACUCUAAGAUUCUCGUUGGUGUGCUGUGAUCAAAUGAAGGUCUGCCUGAAUCCUUUCAAAUUGUAACCAUGGUAAUUGAGGGGGAGGGUGUAGAAUGACUAUAUGAAAAUAUAAUGACAAUUGUUCUGAAUGACUGAGUGUCCUCCUGACAUGUAAUUAGCUGUUUUAGCGAGAUGUAGAUUGGCAUGGUCAUAAUUAAAAGGAUUUCUGUCCUUUAUUCGAUUGAAAAUGGCAGAUCUCCCAUUCCCUGUUCCCUUUGAGCACUAAUGCUCCCAAGAACAUUUGGAACAGCAACUCUGUAAACUAAAGUAAUGACAUGGUGUUCAUGUCCUCUCCUAAGUGAAGGAGAAGGAUUUGGAGUUAUUUCAGCUUCCAACUGGAAGCCUUUGAUUAUCGCCCCGCAUUGGACUUCUAAAUCACAUGAAACCCCUCUCUAACAUCCAGUUGCAGCCAACCCCAUCUUUGACAGAAACUGCAGUUGGAAUCCCAGAUUAUUCUGUCCCACAUGAUAACCAGCUUGGGAACCUGACAUUUCCUGCUUCCCUGGAAUUCUAAAUUUUUCCUUGGUUACUUCACGUUUACGUUGCCGUCACCAUCAGCAAGUUUUCUUCGUCUAGAGCAAAAGACGUGACAAAACACAUAUGAAUAAGCUAAAACCUACAGGCUUUAAAGAACUAUGUGGCAUAAGUGAAAUACUGGCAUUUGCAAUGUUCUAACAUUACUGGAGGAAAAGAACAGAACAUGUAAAUUUCACCCAGGUUUUCUCACCUGGCUGGCAAUUACCCACUUCCUCAUGUCACCAGCCUUUGUUAUCCUGAGUUUUCCCCAUUGUUCUCUGUGUCGGUGGGACUGGCCCUCUGGCCCUUCUAAAUCCAUGUUCUCUCCCUCCCACUUUCCAUUCCUUUUCCACCUGCCUGGUCCCUUUGAGCAGCAAGCACGUGGUCAUGACACUUUACAUGGCCUCCUGCCCACAAAGCCCGUGUCGUCACCUUGAGGCCUACUGCCAGAUGGGACCUGCUGCAUCUAGUCUCUCUCUAGAAUAUGCCCUGCUUGGUUCUUCCCAUCACUUGCAGAAGUCUUUAUUCAGUUGUUUGAUCAAGAAUGAGUCCACACAAAUACCAGCACUCAGCGUAGUGCCAUGUGGCCUGGCUGUGCUGGCGAGCCUGGCCCCUGAGCCCUCUCUUCUUCAGGCGUGGACACUCCAGGGCUGAGUAGCAGCCACUGAGGAAAAUAUAGCUCUUGUUUUUGUUCAUACUUUGCCGCUUAUCCUUAUACAAAUGUUUUCCCCUCGCCACAUGUCACAGAGGGAAUCCUAACCCACCUGCUCAACUUCAGUUUCAUAAAAAUGCUGAAGUGGGGCUGCUGCUUUUAUAGUUCUCCAGCCCCCCUCCACAUACACACACACACAUAUGCACAGAAUUUGGAUAAACGUUCUGCCUUGGGAUUUUUUAUUUCUGUUGCCCUCAAAAUACCUGUAGUGAGUUGCAUAGUAGUUGGGCUAGCUCGGGAAAAAGAAUGCCAUGAGAGGUUUUCACUCAGCCCUGCAUUUCCUACAAGAUCUAAAAGCCACUUAGCCUCCACUCCUCCACGCCACCUGCUUUCAGGUGAAGAUACACGAGCAGUCACUGGGACUUUCUCUGGGACCCUGUCAGUCUCCUGACAGGUGAAAUGGUUGUGGAUUUAUGAGCCCAAAGAUCGGCGUAUCCCGUCCGUUUUCUUAUUUUCCCAGUUGCUGAAAGAUAACUGUCGCCAUUAAAUUGAGAAUCUGUCUUAAGAUUAGCAAUUCUGAGAACUGACUGGAUGAGUGUAAUUCUGUGAUUUGUGAGACAUGCAUUGAAACAGCCAGCAGAACAUUCUGAUUAUCUGCUAACAUUCGAAGAAAAUAGAAUUAUCACUGCAGUUAAAACCUUCUAACAUAAUCUACUAUUUUCGAAAUCAAAGUAUUAGAUGUGCUGCUUAAAGGAUGGUGCUACUUCAGAAGAAAAGGAGUUGGCAAGACAUCUCUCUUCACAGAUGUUCCCGGAGGCCACUUUGGUGAUUCAAAAUCCCCUACCCCACUUACUCCUUUCCCACCCCCACCCGCCACUGAAAAGAAAACAAUAGGGCCAGCUUACCAAAGUCAGUGAAAAUACAGCUAGUUCUCACCCCCAAAAUAGGUAUUUUUUGGAAGAAAACACCAGAAGUAAGUUAUUCUUACAAGAAACCAGAGUAAAGACUUGUCAUUCUAAGUCACUGUGAACAUUCAAACCUCCUGAGCACUCAAGCUCCCUUUACUGGCAUGUCUCCUGUGCCAGCACUGUGCUGAGGGUCUUACCAUCUCCUUUAUUCUCGAAGGUUCGCAGACUCUGCCCUGAGCAGUAGCCCCUUAAUGGAGUCAAGUAAAAGCCCCAGUCACUCCUUCGGUCUGGUAGGAUGUUACGGGGAUGUCUGCCUGGCGCUGCUGAAGGAAACCUCAUUUAACCUGCUCCUCUUUCUUGUGAGCUGUGCUGGCUGGUCCCCACUGAGACCCUGUCACACCGCCAUCAUUCCUGUGCCGACACUGGACCAGUGUUGCCAUGAUGACCUAGACACCAGAGCACCCUUCUCCUUAGCCUUGCUCCUCCGUUGCUGACGGUGACAGGAAUGCAGUGAACAUGGUGAGGCUUGGCAGCUGUGAUGUGAAACCUUGUUUCAAGUCCCUUGUCCCUGUCUCCACCUCGAGGCAGCGAAGAUGAAGGUCUUGCCUUUUCCUGGGAAGGAACGCCAGGCUGGCUUACAGUCCGAUCCUGAGGGGAACUCCUUGGGUGUAGUUGUACUUUGUGUGGGCGGAGAAUUUGAAAAGCUCACUCUUCCUGUUUUCUCUCUCUUCAGCUCUCUGAGCAUUUUCAGAGCCGGUUAGUUUUAGGCAUCCUGCUUGUGUGUGGAAGUUUUGCUAAGCCAUUCCCACUUGUGAGCAACAGGGGCCAGGCAGGCGCUUUGGAGAGCCAUGGCCCGAGGCCGGCGUUUUGUCAGCAUUGGCUGUGGGCUCCCUGUGGCUCAGAGUAAGAACUGCUAACAAGCACAGCCCAGCUCAAGGUCAGCACCUUGGGGCUUGUGUGGCGGAUUAGGGCCACGGGCACUAAGCUACUUGGGGUCGCGACUAAAAUUCCAUGUUUCUCCCUUCUUUUUCCAGCUCUUUUCCUCUCAAAAAUAGGUGGUUCUCCAGGGGCCGGCUCUGUCACUUCUCUCUUCUGACCACUUAGUCACACCCUGGGCAUCUCCAGAGCCCUGAGCCCUGGAGAGUGGAAACCACCCCAGGAGCAAGGCCUUGCUGGGAGUGGCCCCCUGAGUGGGUCCCCAGGUUGACGGCUGGGGAUUGGCGGGCCCUUGUCCCAUUCAUUAACUGACUCGUGGGGUUUUCCAUUAUCUGCCCCACCAUAUAAACCUGCCCCUAAAGUGAAGGGGAGAGGGCAUGUGUACCUUCUGCUGUUAUACUGGCAUCUCUGGUGGCAGCUGGGGACCCUGAAAGUUCAGAACGGAGACGGGGACUCCUCCCGAGGAGUGACUCACCAGCCAGGGUUGCAGGGCAGAGCUGGUCACUGAACUUGUGUUCUCGUCACAACUUCCCCUCACUUCCAGAUCAGGUCUGACCUCAGGCUGGUUGCUGGCUUCCUUUGAGCAUAGAAACUGCCUUUGGCUUUAUUGGAACUAGGAGCCCAGCAUAAAACUGUGAGGGUCUUUCUUCCACUUCAUCAGCAGCUGUUAAACAGGAAACACAAUGACAUCAUUGCUGUGUUUGUAAACAGCAGCCAGUCUAGUGAUACUGCAGUGAACUCUUGUUUUCAUGCCAGACUCAUGGGUAGGGGUGCAGUGUAAACGCCAGUAGUGGGCUUAAUGGCGAGCUCGGCUGUGGGCUCCUGUCAGGAUAAUGUUUGUUAUCAUUUGCCUCUGAAACCACACUUCAGUAUUGUUAGUGAACCCCUUAAUCCUGCAUCUCAAAAAUGGGCACCACGAAGCCAAAACCAAAGCUAUGGGGGCGGGGGGGUGGGUAGGGAGAGCUCUCUGCAAGCAGUGGCAGCUCUGCUCUUGAUUGCCCUUCGGUUUUGCCAGAACACUCCUCUCAGAAGGCCCUCCUCUUUUCCUAGUAGUUUUUUCACAGCGAUGUCAAGUCUGUGCGGACCACGUCUCACCCCCAUCCUGUGGCCGAGCGCCCAGAGCGGGCCACCCUGACUCCUGUGCUGGCUUUUUGCCCUGUCCAUUCCUCCUGCUCUGCAGAACCUCGGAAGACAAAGGCCUCGGCAGGUUCACCCAGGCUUCAGGGUGGGACGCUGGCCCUGCCAGAAGAUGCCAAGAACAUCAUAGUUGCCUCCCCUGGAAGAGCCCACAGCCUUCUCUGAUCCCCACGGGCUCCCCUCCCUCCCACAGCCAAGGUCGCGUUGGGUAUGCAGUACCUUCCGAGGACGAAUUUUCUCUUUGUUUUUUAAGUGCCUACACACGUUACAGACCUCUGGGACCUGCCAGAGAGUCAGCUCGUGCCCUGCCCCUCCCUCCCGGACCCUGCACUUGGCCCUGCCAUGGGGGCGGCCCCUCACCAGGGUACCCGGGUUCUGCAGGCGGAGCAGCAGUGAGGGCGGCACGCGGGGCGAGGUGGUCAUUGCCCAUCAGGCUGGCUUUGUCGCUCUUUCCUCUGCUGCUGCUUUAGGGGUGUUUCGGCUGAUGGGGGUCAUGGUCCUGUCAGUGAGACUGUUAAGGAGCUUUCUCAGCAAAGUCUGUAGCCGCCAAGUGAGGAAGACAGGAAAGCGAGGCAGUCUCAGAGCAGAAACCCGAGUGUCUGACAGCAGCCGGAAGGUGCAUCCAGACCCCAAAGGGCGAAGGAUGAGAUAGUCACAGUUAAGAACAGGAUGAUUCAUUUGCCAUCAUUAGUCACGGGACCCCUGGCUGCCCGACCUCGUCCUCUUCCUAGAUUGGAGUGAUCAGGGGUCUGCCCUCAGGGGCACAAAAAGGCUGUCGUUGGGAGGGGGUGGGUGAAACACCAUCAAAAGUGCGUCUGUGCAAAUGUGUGAGAUUGUUUGCUUCUUUUUUAAAGUACCUUCAGUCUGACCUAAAUUUGGGGCCUUGAUCACGUGGUGUGGACGAGGUUGUUCUGUGACCACACUUGACAUCACACCACUAAGCAGUGCUCAGAUGAUUUGUUGGUGCAUUAGAAGGUUUUGCAGAAUGGAACAGUCCAUACCCAGGCACUUUAUUUUCAUGAGUAAUCCAGCAUUUUUGUUCAGACAGUGGAACAGCCCACACACCGGGCCUUCCCAUUUAACCCAUGCGGGCGUUUGCCAGAGGAACCCAGCUGGGUGGAGAGUGAGCAGGUGGCCGGGACUGCCCCAUGGUGGCCAGUGAGGCUGUUCUGGACGUGCACUUGUCGGCUCCAGUUGUGGUUGAGACGAGAUGAACGUGAGCGAGGCUGAACCAGGGGAGCCGGCCUCGAGAAGCCACCAGAGGCGGGAAGGGCUGGGAGCUCCCCGUCCUUGUGUGCUGCGGGGGCGGGAAGCAGCUGGCACAGCAAGUUCUAAAGUGGAAAGCGAGUUGCUGGUGGUAAUUCGAUCAAAUACCGCGGACCAGAUGCCUGGGGCUGCCUGAAAGCCCGCAGCAUCCACCAAACACUGGAGUGUCUGCGGGGGGCUCCCCCUGCCUUCGCCGCCUGUCUUAGUCUUCGUGUCUCCCCUUGGCGUCUCCGGUCUGUCCCCAUCUUGUGCACCAUGUGCCCCUGAGGGGAGUCGCACCUGUGUCUGAGUCUGCUGUAAGGUGUUCAGUCUACCUCAAGGGGUCAUCAUGGUCAGCUCUGUCCCAUAGCAGUCCUGCCGACGUCGCCACACACACUGGAAUGUAUAUCUGCCCCGGCCCCGCCUUCCCGUCAGUAACCUCCUGACCCCGUCUUUUCCUCUGUCACCACCAACUCCUAGUGCAAAUUGGAUGCUGCUUUAAAUGUGAAAACAAUUGUUCAAAAGCUAUAAAACCUGAAUGAAAGCUAAAGCUGAAUUUAUAAGCCUUGUUGCAUAUGAGCCAAAAGUGCAAAAAGCUCUAUAUAAUGAACUAACCUGCCACUCGUAUAAAUAUAAAUAUAUAUAAAUAUAUUAAAAUCAGACUGUUCUACAAAAUUGUGUAUUUGUAUUUUUGUGUACGUACAAUUUUCUGCUAAGCAGAAGGAGGGUGUAGUAUAGGGCGCUGUGAGAAGAGAUUUCGUUUAAUCCUAUUGCUUUGUUACUUAUUUUUGUUAACAUCAGAUGCCUGUCUUCGUCUUACGUGUAUGACACUGUUUGGAAAGCUGCAGUAUCUCUCUUCCUUAGGGCCAGAGUCCAUUGGAGAAUGAAAUCCGGGGUGGAGAGAGUCGGUCUGGCAGGACUGAGGGAGAGAGCACGGCCUCUGAGAAGCAAAAAUCCCAUUUCUAGAAAUCAGCUUCCAAAGAGAUUGUCAGAUCUGACGCAGACUCCCCACUGGGUCCGCCGGGAGGGGACGCAGGACCUCUCUGAAGUGAGGGACAGGGCCUCUUAUCUCUGGGCCAGAAGUUUGCCCAGAAAGCAGCAGGGGGCUGUGCCUGGCCCUCAUGCCCAGCUCACCGGCCAUCCCUGGGCUCCCAUCCCUCUUCCAAGUAGUUGCUGCCUUUCUCAGAUCAGGUUAUAAAACGCCUUCCCUCUGCUGAGCAGCUGGCGCUUCACCACCCAGAGCUCCAGCCCCAGUUCCCUGGAGGGUCUCAGAACCCACCUUCCCGGUGCUAACACACAAGAGGGGGUAGCAUGGCUGCCAGUCAUGGCCAGAAACCAACCACCGGACAGGCCGGGCCCAAAGAAAAGCUCCGCGUGCCCGGGACAGUUGGCCCUCCCACCACAAAGGCGUCCAGAGGCCCCAGGCCCAGGCCCGCCCCCUGCUGCCCACUCACCUCUCAGCCCCGUGACAGUCCCUCUUGACGUGAACCUUCUCUGGGGAGAGCGAUACUGCACCUUCACCUGUGGGACUCAUAUUUAUAACAAUGUGUAAUGACUGUAGCAAAAAGCCCUUGUUUCUCGAUGUAAAUGGUCAAAGAAACAAGUGCUCUAUUGUAUUGAUUAAAAUAGUUCAAAUGAGUCCUGUAUCAUUGUAUCUCCUAUUCUGGAUUAGUGCCUUUUGGACAGUAGACUGUUCUGUAAUUAAAAUGUAGUAUACUGCUUUUUUGUACAGUUUUGUUUUAAUAAAACUUUUUUUUAAUUUGUGUUUACUUUAGUAUUGUACCUAUUAGAGAAUAAAAUGUAUAACUGAA